AUGUCUGGAGGGAUCACGUAUAACGGCGUCGAAAGCGCCACGGGAGGCAAUAUUUUUAAGGACAUGGUCUUCUGGGUUGCUCAGAGGGUGCCGAUGAGGAACACUAUCCUCGACCAUAUCAAGAAUAACGGCGGCAAAGUUGUGCCCUUGGAAAAAGAUGCACAUAUCCUAAUCGCGGACGACGCGAGGAAGGAUGCCCAUCCGGACUCGUAUUCGUGGAAAUACAUCACAGAUUCCGUCCAGCAUGGGGCAGCGCAACUGACGGAUCGGUAUCGUAUUUCUGGCCACACAGAGACGCCCAGGGUUCGUGUUGGUGCCAGCGGGCCUGUGAAGCGUACACGAACCCGUUUCUCCGAUGCUGACGAUGCCGCACUGGCAAACUGGGUGUUGGCUCACACUGAAGGUCGCACUGGCAAUAAGAUCUUCAAAAUAUUUGCCGAGACGCAUUCUUCGCAUACGUGGCAUUCAUGGCGGACCAGAUUCACCAAGUUCUUGGCAAACCUCCCAAUCGCAGACCUUGAGAAGCUGGCCAUGUCUGCUGCAGACUUGGCUCUCCAAACCACGAACCCUGUUAGUCGGUCAGCUUCUAGCCAAGCAGACUCAAGACAACAAGAGGAACAACUACCAAAUGCAGCACAAGCCCUCGGGAAGACACAGAAGAAGCAAGCAGCCCGCGCCCCUCACCAGCCGGCGUCUGCGUCGCCUUCUACAAAUCCCAAUAAUGCCCAAAUCACUGCCGCAUCUAUAACGAGGAGCGAACAGAAAUCUGAGGAAGCACCAAUCUCGUCAACAGAAUCUAAGGGAAGCGAAGGCGGUACCCAAGACGCAAUGGAAGGCGAAUUCUACAAUCAAUUGCACACUUUCGUUGAGGAGACUGGGGCUGAAAUUAAUUUUGACUGCUGUAUUGGCGGCAAGACCGUCGAUUUAUGGUAUUUGAGUCAAGCUGUCGAUGCGCAAAAGAUGCCACUAGAAGAAGUGGAUUGGAUGAAAGUUGCCGAAGACCUGAAAUACAACUUGGUGGAAAACAAGAGCGUAACAGCAGAACUGCAGCGAUACUACGAGGAUAAUCUCGCAGAGUUCUUUGAAAUGAUGGAAACCUUCUCUCUCAACGGCGAUGGAGAAUUUGAAGAUGAGAAACAUUCUGGACCAGUGUCUCCCGAAAGCGACAUCCCUUCCUCACCCCCUCCUCAACUCAGCAACCGAAAGAGGCCCAUUGAUGAUCACACUCCGUCAACCGUGGAGAAGUCAUCAAAGCGUACGCGAUUGAGUCGCAAUGCGGAAAUACCGUCAACGCCGGAGGAGAUAGUAGGUGUGCUGACGACGCAGUCACCUAGUGUUAUAAAAGCCAAGCAAUUACGACAAGCUUACUCUAGCUCUACGAAGACUUCUACUUCAGUGGAGCCGUCCCAUGCUAUUGAUGAUGAUGACGACGACAACGACAACGAAACCGAUGAUAGAGAUGAGGUGAUGGCUGAGAUGCAAUCCAGACGGGUUCCACCGCUGGACGCCCAGCAAAGUACGUUCGACGUGACACCUUCACAGCAACUACAUUCCGAGGCUUUAGAUGUAACUCCAAUCCCACUCAAUUUGAGGAAGGGCCGUGAUGACCCAAAAGAGCGGCAAGCUGGAAACUCGGAGCCUGCUCAAGAACCGGAGGCUUUAAUUCCAGAGUGGAAGGCAGCAAAGCGAGCGACCAGACGAUCAUUACCUGCAUCCUUUCAGCCAGCUCCAGGGCGGUUACCUUCUCAGCAGGCCGAAGCAAGAGCCAGGCGACCGUCAGCGCCCAUUCGAGUAAACCUAGACGAUGAAGGAAACAGCCAGGACAUCCGCGAAUGUACUGAAUUCUAUGAGGCUCUUGGCUAUCCGCGCCCCAUUGUCAUCGAAUCGCUCAUGCGCACCACAAUGACUCCAGGCUGGCCGAUGACCUCACUGCUGGAAAAGUUGCAUAAUAAAGAAGGUGUGCCCUCAAAUUAUGAGGGAAUCUGGACCGACCGCGAUGACAAGAGCUUGCGAUAUGCCGACGCCAUCGAGGCUCGUAAGUCUUCUGCGAGCACGAGAGAGCUGAACAAGGCAAAGAAGGAGCUUGAUCGGAUUGUGCGCAAGCACACUCAGGAAGCGGUCGAUUUGAGACGGCGAUUCCUGCAGGCGCAAGCCAUCAUGGACAGGGAUUGA